AUGAAUCCCGAACCAUUCUCCGGACGCUAUACACCAACCUCGCCUCUAUCUCCUCGACUAGCUGCAAACCAUCGCCCUAUGUCGCCCAACCCUGUACGAUCGCGCACCGUUCAGCAUAAUCGACAAGGAUCCCGAAACAUGCACAUGAGUCUGCCACGGUUCCAUCCCGCGAAUUUCACCAAUCUCGAUUCGCCUGCCACGCCAUCGUCGGCGGUACAAUCUCCAGCCAUCACCAUCAACAGAGUAGCGCCGACAAUGCAGCUUGAGUCACCUCGACUGAUGCGUGAAAAGCAGCGAGAAUUCUUGGAACGGGCUCACCUGUCCGCCAAGAUUGCAGCCUCAUCGAUGGGUGUCAAGCCCGGUGCUCCACGGCUCGAUCCUCUCGGUAGUCCAAAGGGUCCCGUAACCCCUCUGGCCUUGGACGAGGGCGGCGAUUACUUCCAGGUUGCAGGAGCCGGAAAGGUUUCUCCAGCCGGCAGCCCAGGCGCACGGAGCCCGAGAAGUGACAUUUCAGACAAGGAGGACUCCAAGAAGUCGAACAAGCGACAUAGUGAUGUCUAUCAGUGA